AUAAAUUUAAAAAUUAUUUAUUGGGAAUGAUGAGCAUUGUUUCCGAAAACGAGUCAGAAUGUUCUCUCAACGACACCGAGGGAAUGCUCGACUGUUGGCAAACCACAGAGUACACUGAGGGGGACCUCAAGUUUCUCCAGUUCGCCAAAUGUGUGGAAGAAUGUGACAGGAAGAACAGAAUGUGGAGUGGCGGAGACAAUUAUUCUCGCAAAGUAUUUGUAGGAGGACUCCCCCCAGACAUUGACGAGGGGGAAAUCUCCUGCUCCUUUGCCCGCUUUGGAGAACACGAAAUCGACUGGCCUCACAAAACAGAAAGUCCCUGCCAAUUCCCGCCCAAGGGGUACUGCUUUCUCUUAUUUCGGCGGGAAACUUCUGUGCUUUUGUUGACUUCCUCGUGUUUCCGAAGUGGAGGGAAAUUGUUUUGGAGGGUGUCCAGUCCGUCCUGCAUCAGCAAGGCAGUGCAAAUACGUCCCUGGCGACUGGUGGACGCGAAUUGUGUGUUGGACGACACCAAGUCGAUUGACCCUCGUCUGACUAUAUUUGUGGGCGGAGUCCCCCGUCCUCUCAAGUCAGUCGAGUUGGCCCUUCUUCUCAAUGACCAGUUCGGAAAUGUGUGCUAUGCAGGGAUUGACACGGAUUGUGAGUUGAGGUACCCUAAGGGGGCUGCCCGAGUCGCCUUUUGCCAGCAGAGUAGCUACAUUGCUGCCAUUUCCUCCCGCUUUGCUCAUCUCCAGUUGGGGGACAUUAGCAAACGUGUCGAAAUCAAGCCCUACGUCCUCGAUGAUCAGGACUGUGAUGAGUGUUCUGCACAGGCACUCUACUUUUGUGGCCAUUUGAAUUGUCUCCAGUAUUUCUGCCAGAAUUGCUGGGACUCUUUUCACCAACAGCCCUCUCGGAGGCAACACAAGCCACUCCUCAAAGAGGGCUCCUAA